AAGAAAGAGCUAAAACUUUGAAGAAAAAUCUGAAAAUCAUGAGACUUUCCAGGCCCAUCCGUCCGGAGAAGGCUUCGCGGGGGCAGCCUGCGGGGUCCGGCCUUGUGAUGACAGGAGCGCUUGACGAUGAGACCGUUUUCAGCUUUGAACAACUGAAGAAACGCCGGGAGAAGGAAGACCUUGAAGCAGUGUCAGAUGACUCCAAACAGAGGUUGGAGAGUCUGAAUCAGCGCAUAAAUGAGCUGCAGAAGCACUACCGGGAACUGCAGGAGGAGAACUUAAGCUUUGAUAUUUUUCUCAAGAAUGCAGCCACUGACCAAGCUGUUGAGGACGCAGAAAGGGAGAGGAAAGAGGUGCUUCAAAUGGUUGAAGAGAUAGAGAAGCUGAAGAAGGAGAAGGCCGAACUGAUAGAGCAGAAACGGAAGGUUGAGCGUGAGGUGCAAAGACACACAGUGUACCGGGACAUCAUGGAGCAGAUAUUGAAAACGACUACGUUCAAAGAUGUGAAUUCGCUGGCAGGACAAUUGGAAAGACAACUCCACUUGAGAGACAAGCUCUGUCAGAGGCUGAGUAAGGAGGAGGAGCAGGUUGACCAGCUGAGAAAAACAAUGGUGGCACUCGAGGAUCAGCAUGCUGUGAAACGGCUGCAAAAGUUCAACGAACUGUCCCAGCUCCAGACCGAGCUGGAGAACACACUCUCCGAAGCUCUAGUCUGGGAAAAGAGGUGGAACCACAUUGAGGAAACUGCUAUGAAGAAAGUUGUGCUGCUGGGCCAGAUUAAGAUGGCGACCCUCAACCUCUAUGAAGCGACAGAUGGCCAGUUAGGAGAAAAUGAAGGUGUCGAUAUAAAUGACACAGAGAAACAGCUGGACAAGAUCAAAAUGUUCAUCCUGGACCAUGAAGACAUAGUGAAACAAUAUCACACUUCCUCGCAGAGACACAGCAACAGGCAGAAAAGAAACACGGGUAAAAUGCCCAUCACAGCUCACUCUAAAAAGUGAUAUUUCAAU